UGAACCUAAAAUCAAAUUUCGAACCAUCAGAACAAGUAUGUACUUCUUUAUACAUCAUUUUUUGCCCUCUUUAUUUAACUGAAGUGUCAUAAUGAAAGUUUUCUAUAAAUUACAGGACCAGUUAAGCCACUGCACACAAUUGAACGAAUUUUGAAUUAUCUCUAGUUAUGAUUUAUGUUUUUAUUCUCUUUAGCUGCCAAUGUCAUAAAAUUAUAGAUAAAAAUAAAGUUGUUCAUGAAUAUGCUUAUUUAAUUGUGGCCAUAAAUUAUUGCCCUGUGUAAAUCUAAAAGGAUUUGAUAAAAGUCAACAGAAUAGAAUAAUGCUUUGCAUACUUAUUUAAUUUGGAUGCUUAAUCAAUUUGUUGUUUUGUUUUAAUUUAAUGAGGGCACAUCCUAAAAUGUUUCUCACAGAAUUUAUUACAAUCAAUCCCUAAUAAAAAAUUACAUUGGUCAUGAUGUUUCAUAUUUGUAAUACAAAUUAGAAUACCUCAAUAACCUUUGUACAUUGCACACAAAUUUAUUUAGAAUUUUCUGUUUCAUUCAGUGAUAAUAAUUUUUUUUUUUGCUAACAGAUGUCUACUCGGACACUAAAGUGAGCGCUCGUAAAUUAGAAAUACCUCUGUGUAACUGCGUUGUUCCCCCUGAAUCUGUCACCAAAGGCUGUCUGGAUGACUGUCUUAAUCGGUGAGUAUAGAGAAGAAAAAAUAUGAAUAACAUAUUGCAGGGUGUUUUUUUUUUAUGUAUAUCAAUUGUAAAAUAUUAUAAUCAAUUAAAAAAAAGCUACACAUCAAGUGUUUCCAUCUAAAACAGUGGUUCUCAACCUUUCUUAUGCCGCGACCCUUUAAUACAAUUCCUCAUGUUGUGGCAACCUCCCAGCCACACAAUUAUUUUCGUUGCUACUUCAUAACAGUGGAGUGUAUGUGUUUUCUGAUAGUCUUAGGGGACCCCUGGGAAAGGGUCGUGCGACCCCCCAAAGGGAUCGCGACCCACUGUUUGAGAACCGCUGAUCUAAAAGGAAUACAUUAUUUUGAUGCCAUGUUUGUUUAGUUAUAUUAUUAUCUUUAAGAAUUUUUUAGUAAGACAGUAAGGUUUAAUUUUAUUAAAUAGACAAGCUAGAACAUUUAGAAGGCUUAGCUUGUAUAAUUUUAAAUAUAUUAAUAUGGUACCUGCUUGUUUUAUAAUCAGGCAGGGCAAGCAAGGCCUAUUGGAAAAUAAAACAUAAAUUGUAAAAAGUUUUGCUUAAAAUUUUAUAUUAUUAGUGUUAUUUAUUUACUUUAUUGGGGGUUUUUUCAGCAUGAUAUACACUGAAUGCACUCCUUCCACUUGUGCCCUUGGUGAAAAUUGUGACAAUCAGAAAAUUCAGAAACAUGAAUGGGUACCCGGCUUAGAAAAGUUUUUGACUAAAGAUAGGGGAUUUGGUGUCAGAACAAAAUCUUUUGUCAAGAAUGGUAAGUACAAAGAACUCAGAUCAUAAAGUUGUAAUUCAUAAUUCUAAAAACACCCACAAUCAAAAUAAAGUUGUAGAAGUCUCUUAAGAAAACUCUUGUGUUUCAUGAGAGUGGAUUGAUUUUAGCUUAUGUCAUUUAUUCAAAUGGGCUGUAUUUAUGUGUUUGAUAUGCUGAACUAACAAAUCAAUUUUUGCCACUAGUUAAACCACAUAAUUUUCCCCUUAACUGGAAACUAAUAUUUAAAGCCCAAGCGGUAUCUCAUCUUAAUGUUAACCUUUGCAUUUGUUGGACAUUUUCCUUAUCACAAGUCUGAUGUUAUAUUUCAAAACUUAUGCAAUUUCCAUUUUUUUUAUAAGUCUACAUCCAAUUAAGUAACAACUGUUUUCAACUUACAGGUCAGUUUAUCCUGGAGUAUUUGGGAGAGGUGGUUAGUGAAACAGAGUUUCGCCGCCGAAUGAUGGAAGAAUACUCAGAGGAAUGCCAUCACUAUGCUCUACAUCUAGAUUCUGGCAGUGUAAUUGAUGGAUACAGGAUGGGUAACAUUGGACGUUAUGUCAAUCAUUCUUGCAAGCCAAACUGUGAGAUGCAGAAAUGGUAAAUUUUUCUACUGUGUGUAUAUAUCAGCAAAAUACAAAUGAAACCAAAGAAAACAUGUGAUAUAAUUUUUUUCUUGUAGAAGUUCUUUGACAGAGAUGAGAUGCUGUUUGAUAAAUAUAACAAUCUCUUGAAUAAAAAAUCCACACAUUGAUGUAUACAAAGAUAAAUUUUUAUUUGAAAAUAAAAUCUUCACAUUUCAGGAAUGUUAAUGGCCUCUACAGGAUGGUAUUAUUUGCCCUAAGGGACAUAGAAGAAGGAGAGGAACUGAGCUAUGAUUAUAAUUUUGAUCCUUUCAAUCAAGAAACUCAGGUGAGUAAAAUGCUUAUACAAUUAUCAUGAUUAACUUGUAUGUAUAAUAAAGCUUUUUAACUUCUUACUCACUAAUUCUAUUCUCAAUUCAAAACAUAAAUUGGCAAAAAAUACCUCGAAUGCAUUAGGCUUAAGAAGAUGAAAUUUGGUGGUCUAUCCCAAAAUAAAGCAUGAGUAUUUGGCACCCUGAAAUUUUCUCCAAGGAGGUAGGCUUCCCCCAAAUUUUACACUUUUGUCACACAAUGGAAAAUUGCUCUGCUAAAAUUAACAUUCCAGUAAUCAUUCUUGUACCGGACAAGCGAAAUGAGUCCAUUUUAAAAUUAAAGAUACUUAUAAUUAGUUGUGAAAUUAAAUCAGCAGGUUAUAUCUGCUUUCCACAAUUUGUAUACAUGUGAAAACAACUACACCUUUAUAUAAAGCUCUAACAGUGCUUAUAAUGUUCUCACCAAUUGAUGUCAAUUUCUUAAAGUAGUAAUUAUAUUCUUUUCAACCCUUGAGGAUAUUUAUGAAUGCUAUUUUAAAAGAGAUAUUUUGGAAUGUGUUCAUUAUGAAGCUCAAGUUAUGUAAGCAUGUGGCUUAUCUCAUCUGGUUUACACAUUUUUUUUAUACGUAAAUAAUAAUAUUCAGCAGACCUGUUUACUCUUAUGAUUUUGGCCUAUAAUUUACGAUUUUAAGAUGUAUUUUACGAUUUUCAGAACUGCGAUUUUAAGAGAUGGGGUUGAACAUAUAUCAUAUAUGCCAGUAGAUUUUUGGAUUUUAAAAAAAAUCAUCUAUUACUAUAUUAUGUUAGCCCUGAUAGGGGAAGGUGGUGGUGUUGAUAUAGGAUAUUUUGUCUACAGCUGGAGGUGUGUCUAAAUAUUUUAAGUCUAUAAAAUUAACACUACAAUGUUUCCAUAUUGAUGGUUUAGAUGGUCAUAAUUUUGCUUUGUGUUUUCAUAUGACACUCGUAAUAUUAGAGUAGUCACCUAAGUGACAAUUUUAGUCAAUCCUCGCUUUUGUUUUCUUUGGUGCUGUAUGACUUAAUUAUUUUUUUUUUUGUUCCGGUGCAAAAAUGGAGACAACUGGUGGGGGGGGGGGGGGAUGUAUUUAAAUUUGAAUUCAUGCUUAACUGUUCCGAACAACAUCAUUAGAUUUCAAAAUAUGUUAUAGGAUCUGAGAAGGCCUUUGAAAUCUAUUUUAAGAACACACAAAUCAGCUGUACAAUUUUUAAUACCCCCAUUUAGUUCCAACACUGCUCUUCCUUUAAACCAUUUAAGUAAAGCUUGUGGUAGUUAUCAAACUAUAAUAUGUUAACUGGAAAUAGGCUUAAUGGAUAUGUAUUUUUUUUUAACCAACUUUUCCUAAAAAAAUAAAUCUCAAGUUACUUGGCAGGUUUUGUAAAUGACCUCCUCAUUUGUUAAUUUAUUCUUAUUUCAAUAAAUUUUAUGUUAUGCUGAUGUCAUUUUGAGUGUAAACAACUUAAAUUUCAUCAUUAUUGUAAUUUUAUCAGUGACAUACUGUGAUAAUGUGAUCUUAUAUUUAAUUGAUAUACACAUCUGCAAAACUAUGUUGCUGUAGAUUGCAAUAUAAACAUCAGUCAUCUACUUUUACAUCUGCUUAUUCAAUCCUACUAGACACUAAAUGCAAGUAGUUGUUGUAUACAUUAUGUAUACUGUAUGUUUAUUUAUUUACUAUUAAGAUACAGUAUUGUUUGAUUUUGAGACAAUAUUGUACGUUUUUAGGAGUUCGAGGGUAACCAGGUCUGUUACAGUCACUUUUUAAAAAUUUAGUCCAUAAUCUUCAGUUAUAAUUUGUUGUCCUUUAAUAACCAAUAAGUUUUUAUGAUUUUUGAUUUCAGCAAGAGUGUCGAUGCGGUAGUUCAGAUUGUCGAGGCGUUAUUGGUGGUAAAACACAAAGAAAUGGGGGGAGUUCCAACAAGCCUGAAAAAUUAGAUGACAGUAAGGACAAGCGCAAAUCUAAACUGAUGAAUAAAAAAUUAAAAGAAAAGGUGAGACCACCAUGUUUAUUUUAUUUUUUUUAAAUUGUGGUAUAUUUGCUAAGAUUUUCUUCAAAUUUCACACGAUAAAAUGUAUAUAUAUUUAUGUUAAUAAUAAUUUUUUUUUUUUAAGCAAUCAUCUGAGAAUGUCCAGGUUCAACCACUUGCCAAGCCAAUGACUUUCAAAGAGCGCUGCUAUGCUAGAAAACAUCGUACUUUCCUGGUGCGCAAUGUAGACAAAGUUCGAAAUCAGCGGCAUCCUGGCCAAGACUAUGUCCCCAUAACUAAAGAAGAGAUGAAUGUCUUGGACUGCAACAAGAUCAAUGCUCUUAAUCCUGGUAAUCACAUGUUUUAAUUUUAGUUUUCUCUUAGUUGAAAUAUGCUCCCUGGUGUUCAUCUUGGCCGUUAAUAUUAAUGUAUAUUCUGAAAUUUUAUAAUAGAUUUUUAUAUAGUCCAUUAUAUGAACAUUUUUCCAUAAAUCUCGUAAUACACUGAUUAUGUGCAAUUUAAUUAAUUAAUUAUAUAUAUUAUAGAUCACUUUCUUUAUUUAUAACAAAAACUGUUUUCAUUGGUAUACACAUUUUUCCUGUCAUAUAUUCAUAGUUACUAGGACAAAAAUGUAUCAUGCUCCUAAGUAAUAAAGGAAGAAAAACACAAAAAUGUUUUUUUUUAAUUACGCAACACCUUCAUGCUACAGUCUGUAUAGAGUUUUUAAAAUUUAUUUUAGAUUCUUAUAUUAGUUUUUUUUUUUCAGUUGUCAUAAUUCAUCAUGUUGUUUUUUAAUAAAAUAUUAUUUAUCUUGUCUUAGAUAUGAUGUUGGUUCACUUGAAUGAAAGAUCAGUAAAAACAAGGUUGGUUUAAAAAAAAAAGUGUCAAUUUAAAUACAUUUGAACUAAAAUACUGAGACAUUUAUUAAGAUGAUAAAUUGUAAGGAAACUCAGGAAAUUUUCCCUCACUCAUAGCCAUAAUGUUUGAUUAAUGUAAUAGGAAAUAAAAGUGAAGAAUUGUUCAAAUUUGAUUAAAAUGUUACAUAAUUUUUUUUAACUUUUAGCCAAUUUUUUUCUUAAAAAAUCAAUUAAAUCUCAUUAAAAUAUUAUUUCAUUGAAUAGAUUGGCAGCAUACGCUAAGGACAACCCUGAAAUGGCAAGGCGUCAUCAACUUGCACAGAUCUUUGAUAAAAUGCUAACAGAACUUCUUUCACUGAAAGGUCAGGUGACAUUAUUAUGUUGAAGUUGAAGCUAACUCCAAGUGAACAAAUAUUGCUUUUGAAUAAGAAUAUUUAAAAGAAAUCACAUGUUAGACUGGUUGAUGUUUUAUUUUAUUCUAAACCAGGUAUUGCUAUUGACUCAUUAAAAAAAAUAAUAUCUUUUGACUUACCAGUGUUAACAAAUCCAUUGUACUUUCAAAUCCAUGCUUUCAGUCUUGUAACACUGUGUCUAUUUAUUUACAGAUGAAGAUGGAAACAGCUUAGUUACACAACUGAUGUCCUUACCGUCACGCAAGAAACAACCUCAGUAUUACCAGGUUGUAAGAGAACCAAUAGAUUUGUCCAUGAUAAAACAAAGAGUCAAGACUGGAUACUAUGACCACUUGAGUUCUUUCAAUGCUGACAUCAUGCUGUUAUUUAGUAAUGUUGAGGUAGGUACAUUGUUUUAACAUUUAGAUUUUACUGUUAAUACUAGAAGAAAUUGUAUUUUAUCAUAUAAUUGAGUACAUUGAUUAAUUUAUAUUAAUAAAUUUAAUAUUGCAAUCAUACUUGUGAUCUCAAAUUAAAUGGGGAAGCAGCAUUAACACUUUAUAUCCACAAGACACCAAUUGAGGUAGAUCGAUUUUAACCUUAAUAUCCAUAAGAUGGCAAUUGGCAUCUGUAUAACAUAGCAAUAAGAAAUAUUUGUUUGGAGUCAGACUCAAUAGAAAGCACAUUAUUUUAAAAGAAAUUGUUGUUCCUAAAUGGUAUCUGGUCAAAUAUCACCCAGUUUUGUCUGAGAGAAUUCAGAAUUUAUUAAUUUUUUAAUCAUUGUUUUUUUUAAAGCUUUAUUGUGGUCCAAAGUCCGAUAUGGGUCAGAUAAUACUAAAGCUGAGGCGAGUUCUGAAUUGUGUGAAGACUGAUGUAGCCCACCAAAUAGAUGAUUUGUUGGGACCCAAGACAACAAAAUCUUAUAUGGAUGCAGAACUGGAGAGGCUGGAACAUGUGUCUAAUAAAGGUGAGAUUAAAGUGGCCAAGCAUAUUUUGUUCAAAUCUAUAAGUACCGGUAUUAAAAAUAAUGGUGUUAUGCAUACAUAUAUUUCUUUUGAAUUAUCUGUUUUCUAAUUUAUAUGCUUACUUUGUUUUAAAGCAUCAAUUUACCCCGAGGAGGACAUCAUAAGAUGCAUUUGCGGAGUAACCAGAGAUGAAGGGCUAAUGCUUCAAUGUGAAAAAUGCAUGGUGAGUGUCACAAAUGGCAGUUGUAAUUAUUAUUAAUAGCCAAUUAUAUAUUCUUUUAUAAUUGAAGAAAAUGUAAAUGAAAUGUUUUGAGACCCUAAGUUAUAAUCAUUUUAACCUUCCUUAGAAUUGUGUGAACAUUACAAAUUCCCAGAGAAAAUAUUUCUAAAGGCUUUACAUGAAAUUUUCAGAGAUGGCAACAUUGUGACUGUGUACGAGCUAGUGGAAAAGAGGAACAUUAUCUUUGCGAUCGCUGUGAACCUAGAUAUUAUGACCCAGUAAAUUCUACUCAUUUUAACAUAUAAAUAGUUUAUAAAAUGUCUUGAUGGAUAGAAGGAGAUGAAAAAUAACUUAAUCUUUUAUUGGACUAUGAUAAUAUGUAGAGCUUCAAUUACACCAAAAUUUAUUUAUAAUAAAAUUACUAAAGCUAGAAAAUAACAAAUGAAUGAAUGAGUGUAUUUUUAAAUAUGUUGGUUCUCAUUUACAGGAGAUACUGUUGAAUCCAUCUCCACCAGAUGCUAUGCCAGACUGCACACAUUACAUGACCCUGUUGAAGGAUGAUGUCCAGUAUGCUGUUGGGGACUGUGUGUAUGUGAUGAGAGAUUGUAAGAGAACACCUACAGGCACUCCUUUAAGAUCCUCUCACCGUUUAAUGGCCUCUGUCAACCCAGAGAAACUAGAUGUCUUUAGACUUGAGCAGUUAUGGAAGGAUCCCAAGUAAGAAAUGUUAAUGUUAUUUAUAUUUUGGGGUUAGGGUACUAAAGUCUUAUUUUUCUUUUCAGUAUCUAAUUGUGCAGCUCUAUUUAUUGUAAACUGCUCAUUUUUACAGAGGUGAAAGAUUUGCUAGUGGAACACCUUAUUUGCGACCACAGGAAACCUUUCAUGAGCCCACUCGCAAGUUUUACCAUAAUGAGGUAUUUUGUAUAAUGCACAGAGAUAUGUAUUUGAAUUAUUUAACAAUUCUUUGUGUUAUGUAAAAUUGGCCGACUGGCAAAUACAUUUUUAUUUGAUUUAAGCCUGAGCAUUAAAGUUAAAAUUUUAUAGUUUCCAAAGCUGACUACAGAGAAGGAAAAUUUUGGUAAAUAUAGUUAACAUAAACUACAAGUUAGAUGAAAGAGCUUUUCUUGAUGUCGACAUAAUAUAAUUCUACAAAUAAAUAGUACUAAAAAUAAAAGUCAAAAAAAUGUUAUUUCAUUAUUUAUAAACGAUCUGUUUUUCCACAUUUCCUAUAUUUGCUAAUCAUGAAAAUAUUUUUUGUUUUAUCAAUGAGAAUAUCUUACUCUUUCUUUUUUUUUCUCUCUAAUAAUUACCAGCUCUUUCGCACACCAAACUUUGAGAUCAUUCCUAUGGAUCUGGUCAUGGGCAAGUGCAUUGUGAUGGACCCCAAUACAUAUUGCAAGGGUCGCCCUAAAGGUGUCAAAGAGCAGGACAUCUACAUCUGUGAAUACAGGGUUGAUAAAACUGCACAUCUUUUCCACAAAAUUCAGAAGAUAUGGUAUGUGGAUUUUUAAAAUCGUACCAAGUUUUGAGAGGCAUUAAUUUGUUUGCAGAUGAGAUUAUUUUCCCCAAGACCUACAAUUUUCUACUUUAACUUCUGUUGAAUUUUAUUAUUUAAAGGUCCAGGAGAUGUAUGGAACUAAUUUGUAUAACUUUUUCUUUAUAUUUUAAUUUAAAUGUUAGAAUUUUGCAUCUAUAAUCUGAUAUAAGUGGGUGCUAUUAAAUAAAUGGAAACGUACUAAUUUUUCUUGAAAUUCUGAUUAAUGUUAUUGUAGAGUGAAAAAAGCUGCUAUGUCAGACAGUUCUGCUAUUAUUUUAUACUUCUAUUUCACUUGAAUAUUAUUAAACAUCUACAGGUACCCAAUCAAUACAAGCAGAUUUUGUUUUGAUUGGUUUGAUAAAAAGCUAAAUAUCAGGAGAACAUUUUUGGUAAGUCUAUAAAAAUCUUGCUCUCAUAAGGAAAUGGAGUUGUUAAAUUUAAAAUAUCGAUUCACUUUGAUUAGCCUUUGAUUUCUUUUUUGCAAAGGAUGCAUUAGCUGAUGUGAUUUGUUAUAUUAAAAAAUCAACUUUCUUCUUAGCCUCAUGAAGUACCUGAGGAAUACAAGCGCAGAGCAGAAAGAAAUAUGACAGUAGCAACAGUGGGAAAAGUAGAGUGUGUUAAACAGGAGGAGAAGAUAGAUACCAAGAAAUCAUUUAAAUUCAAAAUGAACAACAUGUCUCAUGGGAAAGUCAAAAUAGAUGAAAGCAUUAGAAAUGAUUUCAAACUGAAGGCUGAAGUAAAGGUUAAUGUGAAGAAAGGUGGCAUGCUUAAAAAAGAAUGCACAAUACCAAAAGAUGACAAAUUUGGUCUACUUAAGAUUAAAGAAGUCAAGGUAAGAGACAAUGUCCUACAUUUACUCAGCAUAUUGAGUGAGUUUUUGGUUUUAAAUAAGGAUGAUUAAAGAUGGUGGCAUUGUCGCUGCAGGUGUGUCUGAUAAAAAUAUGUUUACUCUAGGUACCAUAUCAUAAUGCAUUUUCGAAAUGAAACAGUGCUAAAAAUAAAUAGACUGUUAAUUGCCGUUUACUAUCUGUUACAAAGUCCUGUUAAUCUGACCUUGCUCAAUGGAAGCGUUAAGAAUAAAAAAAACAUUAACUGGUUUUAAACCAGAGUGCCAAAACUAGUUUGACGAAAAAUCCCCUAUUAAUAUUAGCAUGCCAAGUUUUAAUAAUCAUUUCACUGCCUUGUUUGAGUUUGAUUUAUUCAUUGUUUUAUUGGGGGUUGUUUCUUUGCUUGUUUUUUUUAAAUUAGAAAUUGAAUUAAGAAUUUUCACUUUGACUUUCUUUUUUUUUUUUUAAUGCUUAUGUUAAUAUUUAAAAAUUGAGCAUGUUACUUUAAUUCCUCGAACCAAAAUAGCCAAAAGAUUUAAAUAAAAAUGUAAACCAAUAGAAAUUUUCUAGUAACCUAUUUUGUUUCUUUGCUUGUUUUUUUUAAAUUAGAAAUUGAAUUAAGAAUUUUCACUUUGACUUUCUUUUUUUUUUUUUUAAUGCUUAUGUUAAUAAUUAAAAAUUGAGCAUGUUACUUUAAAUCCUCGAACAAAAAUAGCCAAAAGAUUUAAAUAAAAAUGUAAACCAAUAGAAAUUUUCUAGUAACCUAUUGUUUACCCUUGGUUACCUUUCUCACUAUUUUUCAGAAAAAAGAAAAGAAACAAAGGUUGGAUAAAAUCUUAACCAAACUUCUUAAUAACAUACCCGGCAAACAGCGAGUUGAUUUAACUUAUCUCCUGGAGGAAGGAAAGAGACUUCGCAGAAAAGUGACAAAAUGAUCCAAUACCCAUCAUAAAACAAUAACCAUCCAGCAUGUUCCAGAGCAUUCUAAAUGCACCUCAACAUGAAAAAAAAAAGGAGAGAGAGAUGAAUGCACCACAAAAUAAGUCGAUUCCAGUUAAAGUUGAUCUCAUUCAUUUUCCUGUUAGAUGGAAAAAACAUUUCAUUUUAUGGAGACUUGGUGACCACUCUAAAAUAUUGUUUCACUUAGGUGUCAUUGUGUGAGGGUUUCACUGAGCCAUUACUUAUUUUGGGGACUUAUAUUCAUUUCUUCCAUUGCUGAUUCAUGCGCUUUCAUUCAUGAACAACUGAAUUGAAAUUACAAAACUUCAACAAAUUUUAGGACUUGAAAUGAUUGAACAAAUUUCUAUACAAGCAAAUGUUUGUGCCAUGCUAGUGUUGGAUUUAAGGUGAACUUGAGGAUUGGGCUUCCUUUAAGUGAAAGAAAAUAUUGGUUGUUGUUAUUUGUUUGGUUUUUUUUUUUUCGUUUAAAUAUUCAAAAUGGG